UUGGAUGGAAAACAAGCUACAGUAACAUUGGUGCAUCAUGAUGUCAACGCUUGUAAAUGUAGUUUAUUUUUUUGUACUUGUUUAUAAAACUUUUUUUUUUUUACUGUUCCUUUGACCGUUUCCCUAUGUAAAAACGCCAAGUCCCAUAAUGCAACGCCGACUAUUUUUUUUUUUGCGCAGUUUUCAGGGCAGUAUACAUUGUGACCGUGUGAGGGACAUUGGAUGACUUUGUGUCUGUGGUUAGCAGGGUUGCUUUUUAGUUAGUCCAUUUAUUUGACAGGUACAGCCUUUUCAGAGCUAUGGAGGCCCUUAUCCCGGUCAUCAACAAAUUACAAGAUGUGUUUAAUACAGUUGGCGCGGACAUUAUCCAACUGCCGCAGAUUGCUGUUGUUGGAACGCAGAGCAGUGGGAAGAGUUCAGUGCUAGAGGCUCUGGUGGGGAGAGACCUUCUGCCCCGUGGUACUGGCGUUGUCACCCGUCGGCCCCUCAUCCUCCAGCUGGUCCAUGUGGACCCAGAGGACCGCAGGAAGACCAGUGAGGAGAAUGACCCCAAUGCUUGGAGAAACAUGCGCCUUUACAAAGGUGUCGACGGAGAGGAAUGGGGCAAAUUUCUACACACCAAAAACAAGAUUUACACAGACUUCGAUGAAAUCCGGCUCGAGAUCGAAGCUGAAACGGAAAGAGUUUCUGGCAAUAACAAGGGAAUCACGGAUGAACCCAUACACCUGAAAAUCUUCUCCCCUCACGUAGUCAACCUCACACUGGUGGAUCUGCCAGGUAUCACAAAGGUGCCGGUGGGAGACCAGCCCAAAGACAUAGAGGUGCAGAUCAAAGACUUGAUCGUGAAGCACAUCUCUAACCCCAACUCCAUCAUCUUGGCUGUGACUGCUGCCAACACAGACAUGGCUACCUCAGAGGCCCUCAAAGUGGCUCGCGAGGUUGACCCUGACGGCAGGAGGACGUUGGCUGUGGUGACCAAACUGGACCUAAUGGAUGCUGGGACAGAUGCCAUGGAUGUACUGAUGGGUCGGGUCAUCCCUGUCAAACUGGGCCUCAUAGGAGUGGUCAACAGGAGUCAGCUCGACAUCAACAAUAAGAAGUCAGUGGCCGACGCCAUCCGUGAUGAAUAUGCCUUCCUACAGAAGAAGUACCCCUCCCUCGCCAGCAGAAAUGGAACCAAAUACUUAGCCAGAACGCUGAACAGGUUGUUGAUGCAUCACAUUAGAGACUGUCUCCCGGAGCUGAAGACUCGUAUCAAUGUGCUGGCGGCCCAGUACCAGUCCCUGCUGAGUAGCUACGGUGAACCUGUAGAGGACCAGAGCUCUACUCUGCUGCAGCUCAUCACCAAGUUUGCUGCAGAGUACUGCCACACUAUUGAGGGCACCGCUAAGUACAUAGAGACAACAGAACUGUGUGGUGGAGCACGAAUCUGUUAUAUUUUCCAUGAGACGUUUGGUCGGACGCUGGAGUCCGUCGACCCACUGGGAGGGCUGACCACCAUAGACGUGCUAACAGCUAUUAGGAACGCUACAGGCCCGCGGCCAGCCCUGUUUGUGCCUGAGGUGUCGUUUGAGCUGCUGGUGAAGAGACAGGUGAAGAGACUGGAGGAGCCCAGUCUGCGCUGUGUGGAGCUGGUCCACGAGGAGAUGCAGAGGAUCAUCCAGCACUGCAGCAACUACAGCACACAGGAGCUUUUGAGGUUUCCUAAGCUCCAUGAUGCCAUAGUAGAAGUGGUCACAUCCCUCCUCAGGAAAAGGUUACCAGUCACCAAUGAGAUGGUUCAUAACCUGGUGGCCAUUGAGUUGGCCUACAUUAACACCAAACACCCUGACUUUGCUGAUGCCUGUGGCCUCAUGAACAACAACAUAGAGGAACAAAGACGUAACAGAAUGAGAGAGCUGCCCUCGUCUGUUCCUCGGGAUAAGUCCUUUAAGGGCCCAGGGGGUCAGUCUCUCUCCCCCACUGAUCUUCCUCCCCCAGAAGGAGAAAGACCCAAGGCUGCAGGUGGUGGUUUCCAGGGAGACCAGGAUGUAGGGACAGGGAACUGGAGGGGCAUGUUGAAGAAGGGAGAGGAGGGGGUGGGCGGAGACAAGUCCAUGCUCCAGACCUCUAACCCUGGCAGCCCUCAGAGGGGCCACGCCGUCAACCUGCUGGAUGUGCCUGUUCCCGUUUCCAGGAAGCUGUCGGCCAGAGAGCAGAGGGACUGUGAGGUCAUCGAGAGGCUUAUCAAGUCCUACUUCCUCAUCGUCAGGAAAAACAUCCAGGACAGCGUGCCCAAGGCGGUGAUGCACUUCCUGGUGAACCAUGUAAAGGACAGCCUGCAGAGUGAGCUGGUGGGGCAGCUGUAUAAGGCUGGUCUGCUGGAUGACCUGCUCACUGAGUCGGAAGACAUGGCCCAGAGACGCAACGAAGCUGCAGACAUGCUCAAGGCCUUGCAGAAAGCCAGUCAGGUGAUCGCUGAGAUCAGAGAAACACACCUGUGGUGAGGGCCUCUCCCUCCAUACGCUCUCCCUCCAUACGCUCUCCCUCCAUACGCUCUCCCUCCAUACGCUCUCCCUCCAUACGCUCUCCCUCCAUACGCUCUCCCUCCAUACGCUCUCCCUCCAUACGCUCUCCCUCCAUACGCUCUCCCUCCACAUGGACCCUAAGCACUGAACCCUGUUCUGUCUCAAACCUACCUGGACUGCAGAGACGGACAACUUUGGAAAUACACUGGUGGCAAUUUGUGUUUAUUGAGUAUCAUCAAUGCUCCAUCCUCCUGAAGUUGUCACUUCCACACUCCCCUGUCAUGGUUUUAAAAGCAAUGGAUUGGUGUAAGCCUUGGCUGAAGGGAGUUUCAACCAUUUGUUAAAUGCAUGACCGGGAGUGUAAAACCACAUGAGAAUGGGGACGCACAUUUGGAUAUAGUUGUAGAUUGUAUUAUAUGGACUUGACCUAUACAGUAUCAGUCUUCACCUGCACCACAUCGCACACCAAAUGGUCUUUCAUAUGUCAGUAUUAUAUUGAUGAAUGUGUGAGGUCUACCUACUGAAUAAUGUGGAGUUACAUUAAAGAUGUUUACUCUAGUUUCUGGCUUGCUGGAAUGUAUGCUGCGACUUGUAAAUGCUGUCUGUCUUCAUCAUGGUUACUGAUCUAUUGUCUCGCAUGUCUAUGCUACUGCAGAAAAUGUCCUUACAUGGUAACAAUCUCUCAUUUGUGUUGCUGAUGUUUACAAAGCGCAGAGAAAUGCCACUCUGACGUAGAGUAAGUGUUAUUUGUUGGUUGAAUGCACCACAAUGCAGCUGCAAACCUUACACUUCCAUGUUCUCUGAAUGGGAUUUCAUGUCUUUUCACCAAACAAUGCUACACCGUCUUGUGUGUUAUUUUGACUCUACUGUACGUCUGUCGUUAAAUGUGUUUAAGAUAUCUAGUGUAUUGAUGAGGUCAUUUGUCCUACUAUAUUGAUAUGGAUAAUGAUAAUUUGUUGUCAUACCCACAAUACCAUGUGGUAAACUAUUGGGUAGUAAAGGCAGGGCAGAAUUGUGUGGCAACGUCUAACUUGAAGUGGCAGGUUUAUUCUGUAUAUUCUCAAAAAGUGGUACCAGAGUUGAAUGAGUCAUUUAUUGACUUGUGAUCCAGUCUGCUGUUAUACCAGACGGAACAAUAAACAUCAAAUGUGUUUAUCAACACGUAUACAGACACAUUAUCAUCAUGGGCCGAUCGCCAGUCACGGCUGUCUGCCCUCGACCAUGGCGGCUGCUCCUUUACCUCACACGGCCCAUCUUCUUGCCUCGACCUUUGGCGCUGAGGGGCAGGACAGGGUUAAGAAAUCUGAAUCACUUGGCAGCCAGGUAGUAAGCCCAGUAGUGAAUGUCUCUGUUGCAGCACUUCACUGCAUUCUGAGUCUAAUGCUUCACCCAGAAGUGUGCACUUGUUCUCACUCCCUCUCAUGCAAGAGCCUGGCGGUAAAAGUGUUCCACUUCUGGGUCAAGUGUGAAUACGUUUUAAUGGUUUGUCAGUCCAUCAGUUACACAGGAUUUUACUUAUUUUGGCUUGAUGUUUAUCAUUAAAAAGUUUUGUGCUGUAAUUUCAGACCAGACCAUGUUGGCAAUUUGCAUUGUCACCACUUACAAUGUCUUCAAGCUAUCGUGCAGUGAUCGUGCUAUACGCAAUGCGUACACACAGACGGACAUAGGCGGUGUAAGUGAUGGUCAUGGCUGUUUCUUUGGUUUCAAUCAAUGUUUGUUCCACUGGUCAUUAAUUGACCAUCCCUGCUUGAGAGUUUGAAAGGAAUGAUGGGAAAUGGAGUUGUUGAUGGAAUGGAAACCAGUGACUCAGCCCAAUUAAAAUGAAAACCACAAUGCUGGGUCUUGUUCAUUAGGCACAACAUGGAAGAAACUGUUCUAAACUGUACUCUAUACUCGUCCAAUAAGAGAUGCUUGUCUGUUUAUUAGUCUACGUGUUUUCAUUUUGUACCCUAAUAAACACGACUCAGAAUUU